AAAAAAGCAAAGAAGUGUUCCCGAAAACUUCAUUAGGACCCCCAACAGACCUCCUUAUCGAGGACACCCCCAGGACAGACGUUGCCAUCGUACCGAGUUAUGCUUCAUGCGGAGUCCACUGUCAUCUCACCAAACCUGGCGCUACAACCGGAUUUUGUUACAUACCUGCUAUCCCCUGCAAGGGAAGGGGUCUUGAGUGUAUAGAAACUCGACGAAUAUUGUGGCAGCCAGAUUUUUCAGUCGUUGGGUGGGGCACGUCGACCGAGAACAAAGUGGGACCGACACGAGCGAUUUCCUAACGGUGCGGUGUGGGGGAGUAGUCGCCGGUAGCCGGUACCCCUUCCACCCCUCGCACAACCCGGACGUGUGAACACUAUCCCCGUGUGCUGUUGAUGAAACAGGCUUGCAGAAACUCAUAGGACUGCUGUCAAGACAUAUGCACGAGAGGAAAAGGCUGGAAGAGACCGUACCGUCUAUCAGAAUUUCUCCCGGACACGGGUGGGGAGACCACCGUCCAGAAAACUGCUGAACACGCGAUAAACUGAGAAGCCGCUAUUCCGGAUAAACUCAACUUGUUGCAACAUUCUAAAGAACCAUGGAGGCUCCUGUUGUACCAAGGAAGAGAGCCCGUGCGCCCCCGCCACCCCCGGCAAGGAAACCCCACGCCAAAAUGAAUGGCAACAUGAACGGAAAUGUGAACGGAAAUGUCCGUCCCAGCAUUAACGGUAUGGGACCCGGGAAAGAGAACAGUCACAUGACCAAUGAGAAUGUGGACCCUGUGCAGGAGCUGGAUGGGUUCGUUGACCUGGAUGUGAUUUUACCUGGAGGAGAGGUCAAGACAACAAAGUUUAUGGCAAGCACACAUAUGAUGGACCUACUAGUCCAGAUAUGUGCCAAAUACAAGCGACAGUACCCCGGCCUCAGCCCCUCCUCCCAUACCAUGGUCAUCCCUCCCACCGAGGAAGGGGAGGUCAUCACCUACAUGCCCAGCACUCCCAUUGGCCGUCUUCCCGACGUGACGCAAGUCGUGGUCAGGCCGAAGAACGAAGUCGUCAGCGAGGAUCGUGACAGAUGGAAACCUGUACAACCAAAAGUACCGAGUGCACCAGAGAGAACGUUUCGACUGAUCGUGAACCUUCCCAUGAACCAGAAGACGUUUGUGCGAGUGAGUCGUAAGCUGACCAUCGCCGAGCUGUACCCUGUCAUCUGUGAGAAGUGUAACAUGGACCCUGCGCGCUUCGCUCUGCGAGAGGUGGACAAACCUGACGUAGUUCUGGACACAAACUGGACAAUAGAUGAUUAUAACAUGGCGGAAGUACUGGUGGUAGAUACCAGACCAGGAGGAGACCCAAGAUUUCAACCCUCUCCGUACAAGUCCCCGGUGAGACCCGUGUCUGCGUACAACGACGAAGUGGCCGCGUACAAACCCGCUCCACUGGAAAAGUCGCAGUCCAUGACCUCCCUCGGCUUCAAGGACAAAGUGAAGAAGUCCCUCUUUAGCUUCGGUGCCUUCAAGAAUAAGAGGAAGUUCAAAUUCCCCGGAUUUAAGAGUAGGAGAUCAACAGUUUCUGGAGAAAUUCCCUAUCAGCUUGGAGACUCCGCAUCACAGUCAUCUUCCAACCAGUACGCUCGGUCCACCAGUUUCCCUUCUACUACCCAGUCGCCCCCCUCCCCCACACGCAGCCUCCCGCAGACACCCCCUCAGCGAUCCCCCCCUUCUCAAGCGCCCAGCCCCCCUGUAGAGGCUGUAGAGAGGCGGAAGAAGAGACCCCCACCCCCUCCUCCCGGUGCGUCCAAGCCUGGCGCGGACUGGAGGCAUUCGUACGCGGGCGGAGAUACCACGCUGGAGAGAAACAGGAGGAAACCUGCACCGAGGCCGCCCCAGACUGCAGCCAUGGAGGCACCUUAUCGUGCUGCAGAGGCCAGCCCAACCAGGGAAACAGACAGUCAGGCAUCUUCUCCUGGUGCUGAGGCCAGCAUCGAGUUUAAUUCAGGUGAAAGUCUGACCCUACCGAGGUCCAAGCGACGAGCCCCACCCCCUCCCCCUGGUACCAGGUCCCCUGAGGUGGUCGAUGGAGACAUGUACCAGGAUGACAUCAACAUCAGAGGAUACAACACUUUGCCAACGAAGCCCCCUCGCCCCAUGAGCUACGCUGCCCCUGGUGACCUCAGCCUGGAAUACCGGCCUGCUUCCUUCGACAUCCCGCCGCCUCCAGACAUCCCGCCCCCCGACGUGCCCCCCUCCCCAUCACCCCGGGAGGAGGAGGAGAAGAUGGAGGAUGUAGAGGAGGAUGAGGAUGAGGCUGUUGCCAUGUUGACUGCUCCAUCAGAGUUUGGAGGGGCAUCCUCGGCAGGCACUUCGGAAGCCACCACCACACGAGCAGAGGAGGCGAUAGAUGUGGCAGAAGUGAACAUUGAUGCAGACUUCAAGGAAGAAGACAAUGUGGCAUCCAUGUCUUUUGGUGCAGAGAAGGCAGAAUCAGACAGUGGGGAUGACUCAGAUGACACAGGAUUUGUCACUGUGAGCACAGUCCAAUCAGAUGACAGGAAAACUUCUGACCAAUCAGCAAGCUCCUAUUCUGACCAAUCGGCUGUCAACAUCUCUGACCAAUCAGAGGACACAAAGAUAACUGUGGAGUCUCAUGCUGACCAAUCAAGAGAUGUGAAGCUGUAUGAAGAGUCAGCAGGUUCCUAUCUUGACCAACCAGCUGUCAAUACCUCUGACCAAUCAGAGUCCACUCAAUCAGAUCCAUUAGAGUUGGAAUACCUUACACAGAUGGUGGACAGUUUGACGGAAGGUUUUAGCUCUGAUGACUCUCCAAGUGUGAGUCACGGAAGUGGCCAGUUGGACUUGAAAGAAAUAACUGAAGAGACACGUGUUGAGGAAUCUCAUGCUUUGUCCCAGCCAGAGACUCUUGAAGUUGCUCCAAAUGUAGCUAAUGAAUCAGAUGAUGCAGAGCUUUCUUCACUAACUGAAAGUAGUGAGGAGAAAGUUGGAGUAGGUCGGGCAGAUUCCCCAUCAAUUAGCUCCCUAUCUAGCCUAUCAGAAUCCAACACAACACCUGACCAAUCACAGCAAAAGUCGCCAGAAGUUAGCAACCAAUCAAGAGAGGUUAUUCCAAAUGGACAUGUGGCUGGUGACCAAUCAAAGGUAUCGGUAGAAGUGAACCAAUCAAACGAGGCUGUUUCAAAUGGUCAGACAAUGUACGGCCAAUCAGAAGAAAGGGAAGACAAUAGCGUACCAGACUCUGAGGAAGUAGUGCUAAGAGAGAAGAAAGGACCACAGCAAGUGCGUGUUCGCUCUUUUAUCGAAGCUGAACACGAGGAAAAGAAAAUGUCCUCUCCUUCCCACCACAUCGUAAGCCUGGAGGGGUCAGUACGUGGGUUCAAAGGUCAUGUGAAAUCAAGAGUUGUAGACAUAGACUUUGAUAAAGAAGGGGAAGAAACUGAGAAAGCAGAAGAAGAAGAGACAGCCAUUGAAGAGAGUAGACCAUUACAGCAAACAGUCGAACACAGUGUACAAAAAGCUAGAGAUGAUGAGAGAGAACCUUUAAGAGAUGUUCGUAAAGAUUCUAGAGACGAAGGAAAGGGACAGGAGGAGAAAAAGCCUGAAACGAAGAGUUUUGUUAGUUUGAGUAACAUCAAGUUUGCUCACAAGCCUGACAGGUCUUCGAUCGGACUCACCAAUUUCCAAGUUCUUCCAGACAAUGCCAUCCCCGUGGAGAGGGUGGUUAGAAAACGUAGUACAUCGGUCGAUAAAGCCCCUGAGCCACAGGUUCAAAAGUCAGAUUCUUCUGUUAAAUCAGGACCAGUGGAAGUACAGAGGGCAGUAAGUCCUAUAAAUAAAGCCGGACCUCACGUAGACAUGACAAAGCUGCGCGAGCAGAUGCACAAAGAUAAAUCUGUUGAGGACUCACAGGAAGGUGGAACAGGUUCCCAGGAACCCCCUGCAGAGCCUAAGCCAGAAAAGGAAGUAAUAGUGUUCCCUCACACGGGUGAGCCUAUCAUAAAAACCGAGACUGUACGCAGAAACACUGCAGCGGAGAAGAGAGCGGUAUAUUUCUCGGCCCCGCGGCCGUUCAGUAGGUCGUUUGACAAGGAAGAAAAGGACGCUUCAAAAGAGGAGACGAAAGCCCACAAGCCAGCCCCACCUAUGAGAAGCGACAGCUUCUCCAAAAGUUCCAUGCACAAAUCCCCUCCGUUUACCCCAAGCUACCACAAAGUGACUUCUCCGACCCCUCCCCAGGGGAUAUCAGCGUACCAUGCUGUCCACCCUCCCCACCCCCUCAAGCCAUCCUCACCCCCCAAUGUUGCCUCCUCCCCUGAGGUGGAACCAAGGCCUCCGUGGGCAGUGGCAAACUCCGCCGCGCCGCCCGAUGUUAGGAUUAAACCAGCCUUUAUCGUCCCCCCUCCCCACCCUAUCAAACCCACCCCACCUGACACAACACAGGAGGACGGGUCCCGGAGACAAGGCUUCUACGCCUUUGGUGCGAAACUCAGGCCAGCUUCUGCCAACUACUCCUCCCACUUUGCUACGGAGACGCAGAGUACGGCCUCUGUGUUCAAGACGAAGUAUCGCCCGAGGUCGGAGUACCUUGAGACGGUGAAGCCGGUAGAUCCGGACGACGAGAGUUUCAGUCCAGCGGCCGCUGCGGGCUUGAGACCGGCAUCGGAGCGGAGGCUGAAGCCGCUGCCAAAGAAGCAACCCGACAACCCACACGAGCAACUCAUGACGGCGAUACGCGGCGUAGAAGCUACCGUUAAACUGCGGAAGGUCUCCAGCCCCGAGCCCGAUGUUUCGUUUGGCCGCGUCCUCGACAAACCACCGAGCACUCACACAAACGGUUCCUCCGCUGCCAACGGUAGUAGUGCGCCACCUCCACCACCACCCUCCUCACGACCGCCACCGCCGCCCUACGACCACGCUAUGGCGGCCAAAAGUCGGAGUUCCUCGUCUUCCACCCAAAAUUCUGACGAUGCAGUAAACGCACGUAGAGCUGCUAUGGAGGCCAUUAAGGCCGGAAACCUCAAUUCACGGUUAAAAAAGGUGUCUCCCAGGGAAAACACUUUCCAGGUGUCACCUGUGGACCUGGUGUAGCUGCAGGUGUCACACAGGUGUGCAGCAUGCACCUGGCCAGGUGAGGACCACACCCACUGGACUGCAGGGCCACUUUCUCCUUUCAUGACCAUUAUGUAUUCAUUGAUUUCAGUAAAUAUAACAAGAUUUAUAUUCUGUUAUAUGCUUGUGUAUUUGUAGUGAAGAGUUGUAUAUACAACGGCUAUCACUAUAAAGUGUAUAAACACAAUAUCAUACCCACUUGGUUAUAAUUGAUACUCAAUUCAAGCAAGCUGAAGUCACUGUUAUACUUGUAAAUGUAGUCUCGAUAAUGAGUAUUUUAAACUCAAGAUGUGAGCAAAUGAUUACGUAAAUCGUUAGUUAUUUAUGCUGCUUUGUAAGUUUUUCUUUUGGGCCACUUUGAAUUUCAAGAAUGUUAUAUAAUAGCAAGUUUAACCUGUCUAGUACAUGUGUAUAUAUAUGAAGACAGCAGAGAAAAAAUUUAAUCAUUAAUUUGUCAUCCUUACAUAGCAAACCGAUUUUUAUUAGUAAAGCUUAGCAUAUAUUCGAACCAUGGAAUUUAAAAAUAUUUGGUUGUAAUCCCUAUAUAUUAACUUUCUGUCUUGAAGCACUUUAAAGAAUCCUUUGACUUUCAAGGCCUUUACAGAAGGGAUGUUAUUCAUGCAUUAAGAGUAGGAAGGACUCUGCAAAUGAAAGUUGUUUUUGGUCCCUACUUGGAGUUUGAAUUACAAUUUAG